ACACAUCAGUUAGACUGCCCUUGACUAGUGACGUUUUCUUCAUACAAAAUAAUAUAACAGAUAUUCAAAGUGAAACUUAGAUUUAAUUGAUCUCGUUUUUAUACAUGAUACUCUUUUAAUUAAAACUUUUUGCUAAAUUUAAAAAAAUCAAUAACUAUUUGAAUAUAAACUUUUUGCUUAGUAUUGUGUAGUGUUCGAAUUUUAAAUUUGGAGACUGUUUUUUUUAAUAUAAGUGACUAUGAUUAUGCGAUAAUUACGAACUGAAUUUACAUUUUGCCUGCAAUAAAUAAUUUUUGAAGAUGAUUAAGAUACUGCUAGUGAUGUCAAUAUGGGCGGUGUCCGAGGCGUCGUACCCGGGUCGCAUGUCGCUCAAGAUGCGUAACCCAGGAGUGUUCCGACCCGGGGUUGUGCUCCAGCGUCCGUACCCACGCAUCGUGCCUGCCGCGACAAGGCGGGCACCAUUCAUCCUGUACAGGAAUUUCCCUCACCAUAGAUACGCCAUGAAGCACAUCACCCCAGUGACCACGCGCAACUUGUUCAACGCCUGGCGGACCACCCGGCUGCCGACGCCGGGCCCCACUCAGGAGUACGACUUCGUGCGGCCUGUCGCGUCGCCCGUCAUACAGCCCGAUGGUACAGGUGCUAUCCACACCAUCCCAGCGCCGAACCUCAGCCUCUCAGAGAAGCCGAUAGUGGUCGUCGACACUUCAGAAGCCAGUGGGAGCGAUUCUUCGGAGGCGCCAAGGCCCACGUAUGAAGUCACUGAGAAAUACUCUGAUCAACCUAUCUUUCAACCAAAUCCAAAAAUAGAACACCCAAUUGGAUUUUCGAAAGCAUCUGCAAUGUCAGCAACAGAACUGGACAAUAUAAUGAGAAACAAUGCAGCACUACAAAUAGCCUCAGAUUAUGGCAUUCCAAUACAUUUAGGGAUCCAACCUAUCUCAGAGACAUCUAUAAUACCACACCAAUUCUCAAUGCAGGGUUUCCAUGGAACUCAACAAGACUUCAAAGUAGCGGAAGGAUUAAUGAUGCCACCAAAUGGAAUAUACCAGCAGUUUCCAACAAUAUUUCAACAAUUCCCACCAGCCGAAUUUCUUCCUUUCACGCAAAAUUUCCCACCACAGGUACAAGUUCAGACACAAGCACCAGAAACCGAAACUCCUCUAUAUUUGUUACAAAAUGAACAGUUUGUUAAACAGACGCCUUCAUCAUUCGUACCCAGUGAUGAAAAGAAUUUAGUGCAAAGAGAAACACAAGAAAGUCCUGUGCUAUCUUUGGUACCUCACGCGUUUACUGUUAAAAACGUUUCAGAAAAUAUCAUCGAUAUAGAUCUUACGACUGCGUCUGUACCACAGAAUUCAACACAAGCUGUAGUAACAACUGAAACCCAAACAACAAGUACUAUAGAAACAAAUACAGAAAACCAAAAUUCAGCGCCAGUAUAUUACGCUCAAAUAGGUCAAAGCGUUGGUAAUGUCAUAACUAACGGUUUCUACACUGCGUUAAACGAUGUAAAAGCUACAAUGGGAACUGAAGUCGACAAAGUUGAGACUAAAACACCAAUAGAUAACACAGUUAAUAUAACAACUACAAUUCUACCGACGACCACACAAAGGGAAACAAAAGCAUUGUACAUACAAAACCAAAGUGUUGAUAAAAAAGACAAAAUAGAUGAACUUAGAAAUUUAAUUGCAUCGCCAUUCGAAAAGACUUCAGUUGAAUUACCAUACGAAAAGACAGCAGAAUCAGUUAACGUAGCUUAUACACUACUAAGAGCAAAUGAGAAACAGGCUAAAGUUAACCAAGAUGGCGAAAUAUUCGCAGGUCAACUAGUUGAGGCUAAAAUAAGCGAAGAUCAGGACUUCAACAAAGAGAAAGCUAUUUUAGCUAAUCGACCACCAGUCCGUAUGUUUUCUGUUACAGAAAAAAGGAUAUCUGAUCCAACUCCACAACGAUCUGUUGUUAAAGCUAAGAUACCUCCGAAAAGUAAAUUGACGUUCGAUGAUAAAACUGGAGAACCUAUAUUGAGAGUAUACGCUAGUUAUCUUGAUAACCCAGUGCAGAAAGAAAUUAUAACAACCAAAUUAGCGAACAUGAAACGCAAAGAAGUGACGCGCAAGCAAGACAACUUUGACUGGAAAACAGAUGCUGUCAAAAGUGUUGACCACGAGGAAACUAGCGAAGUCAAUCAUAUGGCUCAGUUUGGGUUGAAGAUCAAAUCGAGAAGUGAUGACUAUAUUAUGCCAAUGUUUGAUGAUUUUGAAGAGUAACAAAUACAGAGUAUAUUGGGAUUAGGGCGUUGUAAUGCACUUACUUAAUUCGUUUGAAUUGCGUAUCGUAUAAACAUAAAAACGAAUUCAGAAUACUAGUAUACCUAGAAAGCUUCAAGAUCGUAAUUGAAUUAAACUUUAUUAAUCCAGUCUAGUUCGUUGUUCUUCAUAAAAAUUCGAUUCGAAGUAAAUUACUGAACAAUUUUCGCGAAUAAGAUCAGAAACGCCCUACUACGAAGUCUUACAUUUGUUUUCAUUAUGUAAGAAAAGGAGUUUUCAUCUAAACUUCAAAACUGAGUAUAUCAGGACUGUACUUUGGCCUAUCUGUGUGGUAGCUUAUUGCCUACAUCGCAGAAAACUUCUAUAACUUCUUCUAACUUCUAACCAUUCGGUCGAAGAGAAUAUCCGCCUUUUGUUGGUUGUAUGAUAAUUGCAUAAAGGUUAUAUUUUUUUAUGUAAAGAACUUGAACCCUGAUGACUUACGCUUACGCAAUUUAGUUUAGCGUCACUUGAAUAACGUUUCAAAUAUUUAUGUGAUUUAAUAAUUCUUUUCAUUCGCUCACAUAAUUUCACAAGAAUAACUCUUGUGAUAUAAUGAUUACAGUGGAUUAUUAACCUGUUAAUCAUAAAAUUAAACAGGCAGAUUCUUGUAUCAAUUUUAAAAAAUAUUUCUCAUUUAUAAAUUUUAAAAUAUUAAUAUUAUUUACUAAGUAAACAUAACGUACCUAUUAAGUUCAUUCAUAUGUAAAUAUAUAAAUUAUACUGACCAUGUUAUAUCUAAGUAACUUUAUAAUAUCUAACCUUAUACAAGUAUAAUAUUAAUGU